AUGGCGGCACAACGCGAACGUCGCACGCGCAUUCGCGAGCUUGUUUCGAGCGACCCAGAAGCACUCUCACCGCUCACCGACCCCGUCCCGGCGGGAUGCCCGGUGGCCCGCGGUUUUUUUCCGCAAACGGCGGUUUUGGCGGGGUGCGCGCGGGACGACGUGUUAGGAGUCGAAGUGCGCACCAACGUUCCGCUUGAAGCUAUCGAUAUCGGGCUCGAGUCGCACAAUCGGCGAAUAGGUGACGUGUACGACGUGGUGCCGUUAUUCGCGAUCCCAAUGGACGGAACAAACGGCCCGGGUUCGAAUCUUGAAGACGCCGAGACUUUAGGUGCGCCGCUGGGGAUUAAGCGGAAAGUGUGGGCAGACGACGACGACGAGAGCGAGGGAGAAGAUCAACCGCUCAGCACGCGGUCAAUGCCUUUGAAGGGCGGUGAAAGGGGGACGAGGGGAUGGCGGAAGCAGAUUGGCGGGGCGGAGUCGGAAGACGAAGGCGGAGGUGCGCGAAGGGAUUCGCGCGCGCGGGCGCAGCAGUGGCGGGUGGCGGUGGUGGCGGCGGACGAUGACAUGGCGGCGGACCCCGCGCUGCUGCGCGAUUGGUUCAACGUCUGCGGAAACACUAGGGCGCUCUCUGCGUAUCUACGAAAGGCAGGCCGUCGGGGCGCACCGCUGCGUUUGCGCGGCAUGACGAUCGGGCCGCAGGAGCGCGACGCGGCGCGCAACUUAGUGUCGAGCGCGCACUUCUCAUGGAUGCUGCAAUACGCCGUCGACUACGCCAUCUGUCGAUGCGCCGCCGCCGUUGACUGCCACGUAGCGGAAGCAGCGCGGGUGUCAGAAACUGCGGAAAUGGGUAACGGCACGGCAAGACUCUCUGCGGCGGGGAACGAACGGGAGAGCGCGGCCGCGGGGAUGACGGGUUCCGCGGAGCAACGCUGCGCAAUUCCGGCGUCCGUUUCCGCACGCUCCGCUGCGACGACCGGCGCGAGCGCGCGGAACUCCUUAUCGUCUGCGCCAGAGGCUGGCAGACUGGUAGUCGGGGAAGAUUACCAGCAAAGAAGCGCGAACCUGUCCGACUGCAUUCCCGGAUUAGACUCACCCAAGGCGGCUUCGCUUCUCUCCUACGAUUCCGAUCGCUCGGGUCCCCUGGUUUCCGCGCGGGACAACGCUGUAUCGUCGCGAGCGAAGUCGUACAGGCGCUCUGCGACGCUGGGUGUGACGGAUCUUCACCGGAUUAUCUCCGCGACUGGCAGCAGACGUUUGCGCGGAAACACGGGCAGCGAUAAAGAGAGGAACGGGAGCAGUAAAGAAAGGGCCGAUCGAGAUACCCAUGGCGGUGCGACGAACAGCCGUGACCCCAAGAGGGCUCUCGGCAAGAGCUCAAGCUACGAGACCGGCAGCAGGAGUCUCAAUAAUGGCGGUGUGGCUAGUAGCUGUGCGCUCGGCAAGAGCUCAAGCGACGAGACAGGUUCAGGAGUCUCAAGCAGGAGUCUCAAUCAUGGCGGUGUGGCUAGCAGCUGUGACCCCAAGAAGGUGCUGGGGAAGAGCUCAAGCUAUGAGACCGGCUCAGGAGUGUCAAGCAGGGUUGGCAGGAUGUCCCUUGAGUUGCCUCACUCUGCCGUUGGCGCUGGGGUUUUCCAAAAAUUCACACACGAUGGCCUGAUCACCUCCAUGACCCCGUAUGAAGACCCGUGCACGGCAGAAGAUGAAGAAAAAGUUUCGCUGCCACCCUUGCAGCCCUCUCCGUUUCUCGCAGAGAUUAUCUCCACUUCCCAAUGUUCCUUCUCCUCUUCCCUUUCCCGUUCCCAAUCAUCUCUGAAACCCCCUGCUCCAUCACUCACCGUUGCAUCCCCUUCUUGGCAACCGCAGCCGUCGGCUAGUAGGCUGUCGCGCUCCCAGUCGUCUAACUCCGUUGCUGCAGUGACCCGCGUUUCUCCUUCUCCCCGUCUGCUGCGGUCACCAUCUUCCCUCUCUGCCAGGCGGAAAGCCACGGUACCGGUUCCGAACCAGUCUUCUAACACUAGUCCCCCCGACGCCGAGCCAUACAAGAAAGAUGUGGCCGUGACCCGGCACGAGGAGUGUGGUGCAGGAAGAGACGGUGCUGAGGGCGCAGGGGGCGCGGAGGGUGCUGAGGGCGCAGGGGGCGCGGAGGGUGCUGAGGGCGCACAGCGCAGAGUCGAACUUUCCCCCUUUACCAUGCUCAAACCCCUUCUCCUCCACCCCUCAUCCCCAGGCGCCUCAGGUGCGGCGGUGACCUGUGGCUCCGGUGGGCCAGAGGGCGCAGAGGCUAUGCUGCGGACUUGCACUUUCCCCCCUUUCCCAUCCUCACCCCCUCCUCCACCUCCCCCAACAACAACCCCCAUCCACAGGCUCCUCAGGGGUCGCAGUGACCUCCUCUAUGGCUCCGGAGGAGGAGAUGGCUCUGUGGAGCAGCAGCAGCACCUGCAGCAGCAGGUCCGGCCCGAGCCUGACGAUCCAGGUUCGGGCGGAGGCACGGGGACGUUUGACAUCCAAAAGGUGGUCAGCUUCCCCCUGAAUGUCCUCGUAGUCGCCACAAAUACUUUCGCCUCGGGCAACCAUCUCGGGCAGGGUACCUACGGUAUGGUGUAUAAAGCGAAAUUACCCUCGGGGGACGUGGUAGCGGUGAAAAGAGCCAAGGCGGACAGGAAGCAGGACGCGGGGAAAUUCAGAAAAGAGAUUGAGCUGCUGUCGCGGGUCAGCCAUAAGAACCUGGUGCGGCUGGUGGGGUACUGCCGGGAGGGAGGGGAGCAGCUUCUGGUGUACGAGUAUGUGGCGGGAGGGAACCUGUCACAGAACCUCAACCCGACCUGGAGAGAACGCCAUAGCCGCCCACCUUUGAACUGGACAGAGCGCCUACUGAUAGCAGCGGGCACGGCACGUGGAUUGGCUUAUCUACACGAGGAGAUCAACGUGCCAUUCAUCCACCGGGACGUGAAGCCCAGCAACAUCAUGAUCGACCGCCAUGUGGUGGCCAAGAUUGCUGACUUUGGGACAACAAAGCCCAUGACUCCGGAAGAGCUGCGGAAGCUAUCAGUCACCAUCCAGGGCACCGCUGGCUACUGCGACCCGGACUAUCUGCGCACCGGGCACUCGUCCAAGCGCAUCGACGUGUACUCGCUCGGCAUCGUGCUGCUAGAGCUGCUCACUGGCAAGGGGCCACACAAAGUCAACCGCCCCUACCGCUUCGACGUGAAGGAAAGGUUCGACAAAGGAGGCCUGCCAGCCAUAGUGGAUCCCACCAUGGGCCUUUACCCUGCAGACGAGCUGUACCACGUGUUUGACCUUGCUCUACGCUGCACCGACAUACAGAACCCCGCCGCCCGCCCCUCCAUGUCCCGAGUUGUGGCUGAGCUUGAGGCUGUUCUCGAGCCUGAGACCAUUUCCCGCUUCGUUUCCUCCGGACCUCCCUCCCACGGCUCGGCGGACUUCCAUACCGCUCCGUCAGGCUUGGGGCCUGGUCCGGGUGCAGUGGGGCAGUCGCGGUUCGCCGGAGCGGGGAAGCAGGCGGGACAGGGUGGUGGAGAGGGAGGGGCAGGUUCGGCGGCGGCAGGCUCGGGGGUAGCAGGUCUGGCAGUGGGAGGUACGGCAGGUGCAGCAUUGGCUGCAGCAAUCAAUUCUGCCUCUCCCUCCCGUGCUGAUGCUGGUGGUUCCCCUCUCAACCCAGACCCCCCGAACCCUCCUAACCGCUCUCAACCGCAACCGCAACCUUCGCCUCCUUCUGAUGCUCCUCCUCCUCUUCCCUCGAAAAGAACACCUGGACCCCUGGCAUAUAAAGGCAGAGCAGCAGGGGCAGCAGGAACAGCAGCAGGGGCUGCUGAAAUUACUGGAGGGGAUAUCCGGAGGGAGAGAGAGUAUGAUGGAUCAGCACUUCAAGCCUUUGCUGGGAAUUAUGGUGCUGGUUUGCAAAUGCAACCUGCACCAACUGCUGCCUUUCGAGGGGUAUCAGCAGUUGCUGGGGGAGGUGCACCUGGAGCAGGUGUUACUGUAGCAGGUGGGGCUGGUGGGAAUGCAGGUGGAAUCUCUGGUGGCAGUGGUGUUGCUGCUCCUCUUGGUCCUUCUGGUCAAGGAUACAGAGCGGGAGAGAGAUAUGGUGAGGGAGGCGGAGGAGGUGGAGGCGAGAUGGGUGGAGAGCGGUAUGAGGAGGUAAUGAUGGAUGCGUCUUUUGAUUCUAGCGGGUUUGAUCGCAGCGGGGUGUUCAGUUAUGGGGCCAUGCCGCCGGCUUAG